UUCACAUUUCUGCUUUUCCAUGGAUAGCUCUCUUCGGACCUUCCUUCUUAACUCCCCCGAACGCUCUGUCCCCCUCCCUUGGGAGCGUUUCUUUGAUCUCAGGUUAAAGAUCAUCUUCUACAAAAAUAAUCUGAGCGAAGCUCUCGUGGCUGAUCUGAGAAGCAAAGUCAAUCUCGGCGGUGGCUUGUUUCACGAAAGCACUUUGUGGAGUCAGAUAACUGGCAGCUCCAUCGACCAUUCUCGCUACUGCCUUAUCAGAAUGAAAUAUGACCAAGACCACCCUUUUGUUCUCCAAGCAAGCUGCUGCUGCGGACCCUUGAUGUACCUGGUCGUGCCAGAACCAGUCUGGUACUGCCCCCUCUGCGGCCAUCCCUUCCCCAUCUUCUGCUGAGCAUCAUCAGAAAACCAUAAACCCAAUUUCCAGCUGUUUCCCUACAUUUGGCUUUUGUGCUUUCGUUUCUGAACUUCGUUUUA